AUGACAAAGUGCAACAGGAUGCUUGGUGAUCCAUCGACAGCCCGUGUUCAUCGGAACGUCCCGCUUAAUUGUCUGCCAUUUUCGUUGAGAUUAACUGAAAAAGACCAGCCAUCUCAAGCCGUUCGUGACAAUGCGUGUGUUCACCACAAGCCAAGAGUUGAAGACUGGUGGGUAGGUUGCGUGAAGAGGCGCUGGCCAGGUAAAGUGGAGCACUCCCGUGUCCUCCGCGUGGCUGACAGGGACAGGCUGGACCCCUGUUUCGCCAAGCCAUCAGCAAAGGGAGAGGAACGAACACCUGGCGUAUGGCCUCAAAAUCCAGAAUCUUGGAGUCGCACACGCCCAAGGCUUUCCAGGGCCGUCCAGAGUCGUCCAAUGAACUCAACACGCGACCCGUUCAACAUCCGCGGAAAAACAUCACCAUCCGCAUUCUCUCUCAUCCAAAACGCUGCCUCUCACACCGCCUCUAGAGCCCUUGAGUCCUCGGUCAAAGCAGUCGAGGCUACAAAACAGGCGAUCCAGGACUCCGACAUGUCCUUCGCCGUCCCGCGCAACGUACCGAACUUUGAGAGUGCGCAGCGUCGCUUUGAAGAUAAUGUCUGGAAUAAAGUCACGGGGAAAGAGAAAGGCCUACCAAUGUACAAGGACAAACCCAAUGGCUAUGGAUAUGGAGGCGGGGCAAGGGGGCGCAGGAGCUUCGUAAAGAGCAAGGGAGGGAUGGGAAUGAUCGCAUUGGUACUCCUCGGACUAUUAUACUGGUUUGGGUGGUCAGGAGGUUCAAGUGCAAGCCUAGAGGGCGAAUACCAAGACGGCAAGACCAAUUGGGGGGCGGUUGUAGGAGGCCAGAUAGGAGUGAAGAAGGGCAAAGUGAACUGGGAGAAGAGGAGACAGGCCGUCAAAGAUGCUUUCCUGCUGAGCUGGAAUGCAUAUGAGGAGCAUGGUUGGGGCUAUGACGAGUACCACCCUGUUUCGAAGAGCGGUCGAUACAUGGCACAACCAAACGGAAUGGGCUGGAUCAUUGUCGAUGCCCUGGAUACCUUGAUGAUCAUGAACCUCACCAAGGAACUCAACCACGCGCGCGAGUGGAUAUCGACAAAUCUGGACUACGAAAAAAACCAAGAUGUAAACACCUUUGAAACAACAAUACGAAUGCUCGGUGGUCUCUUGUCAGCACACUAUCUCCAGGACACACUCCCAGGACUCAAGCCCGAGAAAGCCAACGAAGAAGACUUGUUCCUUGAAAAGGCCACCGAUCUAGCAGAUCGCAUCCUCGGAGCCUUUGAGUCCCCCUCCGGCGUCCCUUGGGCCAGUGUCAUCCUCAAAGAUGGUAAAGGCCAAGCCUCGCACGCCGACGGCGGGGCCUCGUCAACCGCCGAAGCUACCACUCUUCAGCUCGAACUGAAGUACCUCGCCUACCUGACUGGCGAAGCACAUUACUGGGAAAAAGCAGAAAAGGUAAUGCAAGUAGUGGACAACAACGGCGCCAAAGACGGACUCCUUCCCAUCUUCAUUUACGCCAAUACGGGCACCUUCCGCGGCUCUGAGAUCCGCUGGGGCAGUCGUGGCGACAGCUACUACGAGUACCUCAUCAAGCAGUACCUACAGACAUCCAAACAAGAGCCCGUGUAUCUGGACAUGUGGAAAGAAUCCCUCAACGGCGCAAAGAAGCAUCUCCUCACCUACACGAAACACAGCCACUUCACCGUCCUCGCAGAACGUCCGGACGGGAUAGAAGGCCGUCUCCACCCCAAAAUGGACCACCUAGUCUGCUUCCUCCCCGGCACCAUCGCCCUCGCCGCCACCGGCGGCGCAACCCUCGCCCAAGCCAAGAAACAGCCCGACUGGGGUAAACAGCAGGAAGAAGACAUGCAACUCGCGCGCGAACUCGCAAAGACCUGCAUGGGCAUGUACAAAGUCACCGCCACCGGCCUCGCCCCUGAAAUCGCCCACUUUGAACUCGACGACCCGCCCAAAAUGUACCGCACCGAGAUCCGGGCCUCUACCUCCGAUCUUGAUACCCAGGUCCCCGACGGCGAGGGCUGGAAGUCGGAUUUUGUAAUCAAGCCUGCUGAUGCGCAUAACUUGCAGCGCCCGGAGACGGUCGAGUCGCUGCUGUAUAUGUGGCGCAUCACUGGGGACGAUGUGUAUCGUGAGUGGGGGUGGGAUAUGUUUCAGUCGUUUGUCAACUAUACCAUGGUCGAAGGGGGUGGGGGGUUCACUUCCAUUGGUGAUGUACGUACCAUUCCGCCGCCGCAGCGCGACAACAUGGAGAGUUUUUGGCUGGCCGAAACACUCAAAUACAUGUACCUCCUCUUCGGUCCGGACGAUGUCCUGCCGCUUGACCAGAUCGUGCUGAAUACCGAGGCCCAUCCGUUCCCGAGAUUCGAUGCGAGCAGGAAGAGGUUUAAGACGGGGUGGGAGAGGUUACCUAGGGAUGCAAAGGGGAAUCUUAUUCAGACUGCAGCUGCGGCUUCGACUGGGGCUACACCGCCGCAUUAG